AUGGCGGAUUACGUCGAGCUUCUGCUGUCGGAAAUCGACGCCACCGCGGUGCUGAAUGACCCAGAUCGGCAGCCGCUGCAGACCGUUUACUUUGGCGGCGGGACGCCCUCGCUCGUGCCCCCGCACCUGCUGGCCCGCAUUCUCGACGCCCUCCGCCGCCGCUACGGCCUGGCCCGCGGCGCCGAGGUGUCGAUCGAGGCCGACCCGGGGACGUUUGACGCGGGCCUGCUGGCGGAGUAUAAACAGCUGGGGUUCACGCGGCUGAGCGUCGGGGUGCAGAGCUUCCAGGAGGAUCUCCUGCAGACCUGCGGCCGCGCCCACACGCUCGCGGACGCCCGCGCCGCCCUCAAAGCCGUCGCCGCCGCCGGCUUCCAAACAUGGUCGCUCGACCUCAUGAGCGGCCUGCCCGGCCUCACGCGCGCCGGCUGGCGCGACACCCUCGCCGAGGCCGUUGCCGCGGGGGCGCCCCACAUCAGCGUGUACGACCUCCAAGUCGAGGAGGGCACCCCGUUCGCGCGCCGCUACUCGCCGGGCGCGGCGCCGCUGCCUGCUGAUGACGACGCUGCGGGCAUGUACGCUGAUGCAGCAGCGGCGCUGACAUCAGCGGGGUACGAGCACUACGAGGUGAGCAGCUACGCGCUGCCCGGCCACCGCAGCCGCCACAACCAGGUGUACUGGAAGCUGCUGCCUUACUACGCGUUCGGCGUCGGCGCGGCGUCGUACCUUGCGGGGCGGCGGUACAGCAGACCGAAGGAGCUAGGGGCCUAUGAGGAGUGGGCGCGCGGGUUUGCGGCGGCGGCGGCGGCAGCGGCGGCGGCGGCAGGGGCGGCGGGCGGCGCGGAGGCAGGGGGCUCUGGCGGAGGGGGCAUCCCUGGGGCCGACCUCAUGCCUGAGACCCAGGAGGAGCGGCUGCUGGAUAGCAUUAUGCUGGGCCUGCGGACUGCCGACGGGCUGGACCUGCGGCGGCUGGCCACCGAUUACGGGCAGGAAGCUGCCAAGAAGGUGCUGCCCGUGCUGCGCCGUCACGAGUGCGAGGGGCUGGUGGAGCUCCGAGGGGCGCAAGGAGGGACUGCACUCGCGAGCAGCAGCGGGCGCGCGGCGGCGGCGGGAGGCGGAGGGGCGGUGGUGGGCGCGGCGGGCGCAGACGCGGUGGCAGUAGAGUGGGGGGAUGUGGUGUCGGCGAGGCUGACGGACCCGGAGGGCUUUCUUCUUUCCAACAUGAUUAUAUCGGACAUCUUUGCUGUGAUGUGA